GUAACAUGUCAUUAGUUUAGGAGCGUUUCCGAUUUUUGGAACCGAAGGAAGAAAGUGACUUCUUGUCGUCGCCAAUUUUUUGACGAGGGCAGAAGUAUCGAGAACAAUGAAAGUGCUGAUUGCAUUCGGUACGUUUGUGGCCCUCGCCAGUGCCGGGCUCCUUCCUCACAACAAUGGUUUCAAUGCUCAUCAAAAUCCAUCGGUGAAUUACGAUUACACCAAACCGAUUAUUGUGAAACCAGUUCAUACAGCAACAUCUGCUUUGAAACGACCUACUUUGGCAUCGGAAACGUUUAUGAUCCUCGAAUCCUUCACGUCACCUCAGCACAGUGUGAAAAAUGAUCGUUUUUAUCUACCAGUGCCACCGCCAAACUCAGGAAGCACAAAUUUUCCUGCAGCAACAAGAAACUAUAACAGCAACUAUGCAGCAUUAAAUAACAAUUUUGGAACAACAACGAAAGUGAAUUCCGGAAAUGAUGUCAGUGCUACAUAUUCAUCAGCAGUGAACACGAAUUUUGCACCAGUCACCAAGACAAAAUCGGCUAAUGAUGCUAAUGGUAAUUAUGCACCAGCAGGGAAUGCGAAUUUUGCAUCUGGGACCAACACAAAAUCGGCACCAACACAAAAUUAUGCACCAACGAAUUUUGCAUCAAACUUUAAUGCUAAUUCGAUAGUAUCUAAAAAUAAUUAUGCGUCGGUUGUGAAAUCGAAUUAUGCACCAGUAGCGAGUGGGAAUUCGGGAGCAAACAUUAAAACAAAUUCAGCAGUAGCGAAAAAUAGUUAUGCACCAGGAACAACAACAAAUUCGGGAGCAAACAUUAAGACAAAUUCAGCAGUACCGAAAAAUAGUUAUGCAGCAGUUGCAAAUACGAAUUAUGCUCCAGUAACAAAUACGAAUUAUGCUCCAGUGACAAGUACGAACUAUGCACCAGCAACAAAUACGAAUUAUGCACCAGUGACAAAUACAAACUAUGCAUCAGUGACAAAUACAAACUAUGCACCAGCAACAAAUACGAAUUAUGCACCAGCAACAAAUACGAAUUAUGCACCAACUGUAAACGCAAAUUUUGCAUCAACUUUCAAUACAAAUUCUGGUAGUAAUGCCAAAACUACUUUUGCAACAAAUGGGAACUCGAAUUUUGCACCAGUAACAAGGACCAAUUUUGCCAGUGAUGCCAAAACAACUUACGCGGGAAAUGCUAACAGAAAUUUCGCACCAGCAACAACGACAAAUACUGCCAAUGAUGCUAAUAAUAAUUAUACCCCAACUGUAACCACGAAUUUUGAAUCAAAUUUUAAUUCGGCAGUAACGAGAAACACUGUAACGAAGACGAAUUCUGCAAUUGAUGCUAACAAUAAUUAUUCGCCAUCAGCAAAUACAAACUAUGCAUCAACUACAAACACGAAUUUUGCUAAUACAAAUUCUGCUAAUGCUGUCAAUGGCAACUAUGCCCCAACAAAAAAUACGAACUAUGCACCAGUGACAAAGACAAAUUCGGCUAAUUACGCACCAGCAGCUAAUUAUGCAGCACCUGCAACAAUGGAUCGAUUUCGCCAGACUCCAGUAUCUACAGCGUCAGAACAGUAUUCGGCACCAGGAAAGAGUGGAACGAGUGACAAAAACUUUGCGCCUAUUGAACCAACUGUUUCAAUUGAACCUCAAUAUAUGGCGGCUAUACAGUCUAAUGAAUUCCACAGUUUUCAGCUGGGUGAUGCAGAGACUGCAACUUCGGGAAAGAGUCACAAACACAUGGCGUCAAAACAAACACAAACUUUUGAGAAUCCUGAGUCUCUUGAUUCAGUACUAGCAAAUAUCAACUCUCGGAAUGAGAAUUCUUACUUUGCACCAACGACGGAGAAGUCUAUCGAACAAUCUUAUUUGUCACCAACGACUUAUUUUUCGCCUACGAGAACUGAGAGUACACAAAAAACCAGGGGGCAGAAUUCCUAUUUACCUCCGGAUAGCACGAAGACUUUGGAUAAUUAUUACUUGGGUCCAGUGAAUUCUUACUAUGCACCUGAACCACCGAAGGCAGUUGAUAAUUCUUACUUUGUUCCUUCGCCUAGAUAUAAGAUCCAGACUUCCUAUUUGGAUCCAGUGUCGAUAAAGGCACCUGCACCGAGGAAGAAGGUCCAGAAUUCUUAUUUGCCACCGACAACAAAGGAUUCCAAUUCGACACCAACGCCGAAGAUUGAGAAACCUGCAACCGAACAAACUAAAACGCUUGAUAAUUCUUACUUGGCUCCUGUGACAACAAAAAUCGCUGCUGCUCCAAGAAAGAGGGUCCAGAAUUCCUAUUUGCCACCGAGGACAAUAAAGACAGAAGAGUCGAAGAUAGCUAAAACUUCAGAUUUCGGAUCUGAACCAACGAAGACGAAUACCUACUUGGCACCAGCAUCGACAAAAGAUUCGCUAACAUCUUCCGAAUCAGGAAAAACUGUCGAUACUGGCAAACAAGUUUCUGCAUCUACGAAAACGAAUUCAACUCCUGCGCCAAGUUACUUACCGGCUGGAACCGAAGCAGAAAUUGUCGACUCACGAAAAAGUCACUCAACCCCUGCGCCAAAUUAUUUGCCAACAGAAACCGAAGUUCCAACAAAUUUCGAAUCGCAAAAAAUUCAUUCAACUCCGGUGGAAACAAGACAGACUUCACGUCCACGUACCAGGACGAACGGAAAUCAAAAGCGGAGGCGAAUCCAAAGAAUCCGGACGACAACUGCUGGUAGUGUUGACGACUCCUAUCUUCCACCGGCAACAACUGAAAAAUCAGUUUCGCAGUUUUCGACGACGACGGCGAGGAAACAAGAAGCACGAACAACGGCAGCACCGACAAUUGAUGAUUCGUACUUGCCACCUGUUCAAAAGAGGCAGAGAUCUCGUACCACCACACCAGCACCUAUUCAAAAACUUCACCCAGUUCAGGACUAUUUGCCACCUACCACGAAAAUAGUCACUACCACGACAACCGAAAAAGUUACCACCAGUACAUCGGCACCAAUUGUCGAAAAUUUCUACCUUCCCUCUGAUUUCGAGAAAUAUUCCUUCGACCCUAGAGAGGAAGUCGCACCAACAGACGAAAAUUCUCAUCUUCUAUUUCCGUCAAGAGAUGCAAUCGCAGAUUCCUACUUUGUUCCGGAACAAAUUGGGUUUGAGCAGGUCUUCUACAAUCCACCGACUCCGGUGGCGAAUGUAGAUAAAUAUUUCCUUCCACAACCGAGGAGAAAUGUUCAAAAUUCGUACUUGGCACCCGGAUCACCAGUUUCAACCAAACAGUUUGAGCAAUUGUACGGAGCACCCGAAUCGGAAAAUCACAAUUUAGAUUCAGUUGCAGGAGGACAAAAGCAGGAGGAGAAUAUCCAGAAAGCACCGGAGCAACAAGAAGAGAUUCGGAGUUCUUAUGUGGCAUCUUUAGUGGAGAAACAGAUUUCGAAUUCCUAUUUGGCUCCGGGGUCAUCGAAACAAGUCGAUAAUUUCUAUGGAGUACCUGCGUUAAAGCAUACAACACCCAGACCAUCGACGAAUAUUGAUAAUUCCUACUUGGCUCCAGUGUCAUCAAAACAAGCUGAUGAAUUCUAUGGAGUACCAGCGCCAAAACAGACAACAACGCUUGAUGAUUCCUAUUUGGCUCCAGUGUCAUCAAAACAAGCUGAUAAAUUUUACGGAGUUCCAGCCCCAAAACAGACAACGACUCCUGAUAAUUCCUAUCUGGCUCCGGGGUCAUCAAAACAAGCUGAUAAAUUCUACGGAGUUCCAGCCCCGAAACAGACAACAACUCUCGAUAAUUCCUACCUAGCACCAGUGUCAUUAAAACAAUCUGAUAAAUUCUACGGAGUGCCGGAGCAAACAGAGUCAAUUGGAAGUUCUUACUUGGCACCUGAACUGACGAAACAGAUUCCGAAUUCCUACUUGGCUCCAGUGUCGUCAAAACAAACACCAUCAGCGAACAUUGAUAACUCCUACUUGGACCCAGUGGCGACAAAGUCAACAAAUAGGGUCCGAACAUCCUCCUCGAUGUCGGUGUCAUCCAAACAGAACUCCCAUUCGUCAGUAGCCCCCAAAAAACAAUUGGAAAACUCCUACCUAGCUCCAUCGUCAAAACAAAAAGUGGAUACUUCCUACGUGCCAUCAUCGCCAAAGCAGAAAGUGGAUAAUUCCUACGUACCACCAUCACCAAAACAAAAAAUCAUCAAUUCCUACGUACCACCAUCACCAAAACAAAAAAUCGACAAUUCCUACGUACCACCAUCACCAAAACAAAAAGUGGAAAGCUCCUAUGUACCACCAUCACAAGAACAAAAAAUCGAAACCUCCUACACACCAACCGAGGCAUUUCCCCAAUCAUCAAACUUGUCACCAGUGCAGAUAAAUUCCGGCAUAUCGUCAAUUGAAGAAAUCGCGAACGAUUCUGAUCAUCAGCAAGUUUCUGUCGUCAGUGAAACAUUGCAGGACAACAUCGGUGUCGAUGGCUACGAGUAUCAGUAUGCACUCUCCGAUGGCCAGAAGAAGGAGGAAUCGGCGAAAUUAAUAAAUCAAGGUACCAAGAGUGAAUCGAUUGUUGUUAAAGGGAGCUACUCGUGGUUCGAUCCACUGUCAAAGAAGAGGUACACGGUGAAUUAUGUCGCCGAUGAAAAUGGUUUUCACGCGGAAGGUGAACAUAUUCCUCGCGUUUGAACAAAAAAAAGAAAUAAACUAAAAUGUUAAUUUGUUUUCUAUUUUUUAGGUUAUCUUUACGAAUUAUUGUUACCAUUUUUG